UACCAAGCACUCCACCCAUCAAUCCUGGCUCAAUACUUCUUUUGUGGCCUCGCGACCCCAACAUAUUAGGUUCUCAAGUUCGAGCGCGAGUUUUGCACAGAACCCUUGCAAAGCCUGCGGAAGCAGGGCUUCUGGCUUAUUACUCUUCAAGGCUUUGCAGCGCAAGACUCAACUACAGCAGCGCGCGGACUGUUGCAACGAGAUGGCACAGAUGCUGGCCCCCAGCGUUCAGCACGGCAGCGCGUGGCCCAGCUUAAAACCCUCGGCAACGCACGGGCGCCGAGGGCUGGCCUCCGGGACUGGCCCUCGCGCGCAAGUGCUGACCGGCGCACUCGCGCCGCGCUCCCCUGUCUCCUCCUCCUCUCCUGCCGCGGCAAUGACUGCAGCUGCCACCGUCAGCGCCGCCGUGACGGAGACGGCUUCGAGCUCCGCCGGGACCGCAGCAUCCCAGCCUGUGGCCAACAAGCACGACACGUCGACGAGCAUCUGGGGCAGCGGCCCCGCGGGCCCCCGCAGCACACGCGGAAGCGGCGCCGACACACCCGCCAGCCAUGACAACAGCAGCCGGCGGGACUCCCUUCAGAACAUGUUCCUCAGCGCGCUGGCGUCGUCAGGCCCGGCUCCGUUCGGGCCCAUGUUCACGCCGCCGCUGCUGGCGGGGGCAGGCGCGGGAGGCUUGGCGGUCAACGGCCCCGGGUACUUGACGUCAGGAUCGGCGGCCGCGUCGGCGGCCUGGCAGCCGCGCCGGCACCUAUCCAACACCAGCGCCGCCGCGCUCCCCACGCUGCGGGUGCCCGCACGCAGCUCGCCCUCGCAGCAGUCACGCAGCGCAGGCGGCGCCACCAGCACCCAGCAGCAACGCGAGGCGCAGCCCGCCGCCAGCCCCUCCUCCCCCUCCGCCGCCGCUGCCGAGUUUGUGGCAGCCGCGACGAACCAGGCCGCCGCCGCCACUGCCGCGGCCAUUAGGACGGCAAUCCAGGCGGCGGCGGCGGUGGGGGCGGCGGGUGGCGCGGCACCCGACAUCCACAUCCACGGUGGCUGGCUGGGCGUGGCGCGGCAGGUGGCGGCGGGGCUGUCAGCUCUGUCCUUCGUGUCGGCCCUGUCCGUGACGGUCGUGUGUGGCGCCAUCAAGGCCGCCGCCGCCGUGUCCGGACCCGCAGUCGUGUACGCCGCCACCUCGGGCGCCGCCGGCGCCUCCAGCGGCGCUGCGGCAACGCUGCACGUCUUCGGCGCGCCGCCGGCCUACGCCGUGGCGGCGGCGGUGGCGGGGGUGCUGCUGGGGCUGGUGGUGAGCGCCGUGGAUGCGGCGUGGGCGCGGCGCAGCAGCAGUGGCGGCAGCGGCAUUGGCAGCGGCAAUGGCACCUGGUCCGCAGCUGCGUAAGCGUUCUGAGAAGGGGCGGCGUUGAGGCGGCGGCGGCGUUGCAGCGGAGGGGGCUGGAGCUGAAGGGCCAGGAACGCAAUGCGGAGUCGAGCCUGUAUGUUGUGCAGUUGCAUUCUUUAUUCUCUGUUCAGCGGUCAGCAAGUGGCGCCGGCUAGCGGGCUAGGGUUCGGGUCGGCUGUUGUGCAUGUAGCUAAUUGAUGAUGUCAUACCAGCAGUGAUUGUCGCACGCACUUGGGCCGUUGCCCGGCAUGCGGCUCGUACAUAUGUCUGCGAGCGGUGAAGGUGCCGUUAGUGAGAUAGACGGGAGGAGGGUGAGAAAACAACAUACAUUGACUUGAGAACCGAAAUUGGUUGUAAACGGGCUGUACCGCCCUUAGGUACAUGCGGAAGCAUGUGGAUGCGCUGCUAUUGUUCGUAUCACAUGGAGGUGGAGUGUACGAGCCGAAUGAGCCUUUGACACUUUGAAUUGAUAGUGGAGAAGAGUACCGGUGUCGGAAAUGUCGUGGUAGUGGUAUCGUAGUGGAGAUGGCGGCAAGCCUCGGCAAGUUAUCAUGCCCACCCCGUAGCUGUUAUGCCCUUGGCGAAACGUAGUUGCCUGCUGCGCCAUGCAGGUGCAUGGUAUGCAUAGGCGAUCUGCUGAUCUGACCUGGCGGUCCGAUGAGCCAUCUGCCGGGCUGGUUGUUGUAUUUGUGUUGCUUGGAACCAGUGAGCGGCAUCGGCAAUUCGACCGCACGAAUUCAUUCCAGGUGCCGACGCGGGCACCAACUGUAACAUUACAUAUGGAAUGCAUUACGGCAUAUGACUGAACAGCCCCUGUGAUGAGUGCCAU